AUGGAAAAAGAAUUAACUAAGCCUAUUUUUGCGCCAUUAAUAGAUGCCAAAGGUAUGCGCAGUGAUACCCCUAUUCAACUCACUGCCUUGGCCAACCAGAGUCCAAACAAGAUACAAUCUUCAGGUACGACCGUGCCGACGGAAGAAAAGAAGGAAAACCGGUACUCUAAUUUUAUAAAUCGAACGAUCUUUACCAUUCUUAUGGUUUAUAUAUUCCUUACAUUUAUUUCACUCGGCGUUCUAUCUGGCAUUCCACUUGUUGUUAUCAUCUCUGUUACCAUGUUUUAUGAAAUUACACGAAUAAAUCAAAAGAUUCGUAAGGAACGUCGACUUCAGUCAGUUCAAAUUCUGAAAUGGUACUUUUUGGUCGUUUGCAUGGCCUUUGUGACACUUUCCAACUUGCGCCGACCCCUUCUGGACACCUACCCAUCACUGCUGCCACUUUACAGUAAGUUAUCAUUUUUGGGCUUCACCUUCUUUGUCAUGGGGAUUGUGGGAUUUGUGCUUAGCUUGCGUAAGGGGAUGUACCGAUAUCAGUUUAUUCAACUCACAUGGACAGCGAUGUCGCUCAUCUUUGUUGCAGUACCGUGCAUUGGAGUGUUGCGAAAUAUGGUACGAGGCAUGAUUUGGUUUCUUCUCCCAGUCAGCUGUGUUAUUAACAACGAUAUUUGGGCCUAUGUCUUUGGCAAGCUCUUUGGUCGUACUAAGCUGCUUGCGCUUUCUCCCAAAAAAACCUUAGAAGGCUUUCUAGGCUCUUUUUUGUUCACUGUUAUUUGGUCUUUUUGGUUCUGUGGGUUCCUCAGCUAUUUUCCCGAAAUGUACUGUCCAGCAGUUGGUUUCACUAAGAGCGUCAAUUUCGAAUGCGAAAAGGACCCGUUGUUUGUUCAGGUAGAUGUGCAGCUGCCAUCGUGGGUGCAGUGGAUAUCCGGAAACUAUUGGCACAGCUUGAAGGUGUCCCCUGCACAAAAGCAUGCAAUUGUGUUGGGGUCCUUUGCAUCACUGCUAGCUCCUUUUGGGGGCUUCUUUGCGAGUGGUCUUAAGCGGGCGUUUAAACUCAAGGAUUUUGGUGAUCUUAUCCCUGGACACGGUGGAAUGACGGAUCGAAUGGAUUGCCAGGGUAUCAUGAGCCUUUUCACUUUUUUUUACCUGCGAACCUACAUUUUUGGUGAAGUCAAGUGUCCUACUCCCAGCGAAAUUACUCGUUGCGCGUUGAGCAUGGGCAUCGACGGUCGCAUGCACCUUUUGAAGGAAUUAGAGCGCUCGUUCCAAGGCUAACUGGCUCGUUUAGUCUGUGCACAACAUAGAAACAUUCGUCGAUGACUGGGUGGAAUGACGGGACGAGUUGAAAAUGCAUUCUACUCUUCAAAAGUAGGAUGUUUAGUUGAUCUGACUAUUGCUAUUUUCAGCCUAUAUACAUUUCUUAAGCUGAUUUUCGCGUAAAGCGAUGACAGGGUAACCAAAGUAUUGCAUAUCCGUUCAAAA